AAAGCCUUGUUUCUGCCUUGCUUUGAAGACUCGGGUCCCUAAAGCAGCCCUGCUCCCGGUGGGAAGAGGGUGAAGCUGGCAGGGUCUGGCACCCAAGGGACGGCGCCCUCCCGCCCAGAUCCUUGCCCUGGGAAUGCCCUUCCCGGAGCUGCCCUCCAGCCGCAGGCGGUGACGAACCUCCUCGGUUUGCUUCUCUCUGGGAACUUUAAUUCCAAAACCAAUUUUAGAAUCUGAGGGCAAGGAAGGGGUGGUUGCUAGAGGAGGAUGAAUGGCUGAGAAGGCAUACUGUAACUGAAUCUGGCUUGGAAGAAACAAAUUUGAUUUUGUUGGUUUGAUUUUUGGUUGGUUUUGGAGGCUUUUUUUAAUUAGGGUAGAUUUUCUGCUUUUCUCUGUUUGGCUUUCAGACUUCUGACUGGUAAAAGGGAAGUGAGGAAGCACUCACUCACUUCAGAAAGAUGAGUUCAUCCGGAGGUGGAAUAUGUAAUAUUUCCUUUUAGGGGUUCAUUGAUUGUUAGUGACUUACUUGCUUUCCUAGAAAAAAAGAAUGCAGCAAGUAACAAUGUCCCUAGCUAGUCAGUCUGUAGUCACAUUUUGGAUCUGAAAUCAGGGGAUUCCUAGAAGUGGGAAAAAGCUAAGGCAAUGCUGGGAUUCAUGUGCUUGGAAACUUGGACAUUGAACUCCACAGCAGCUCUUGCGCAGGCAAGUAGCACACAGUGAACCUGAAGCAGCUCCCCCCUGAAACAGGGGAAGAAAUCAAUUUCAUAAGAAUUGUCCAAAUGCAGGAAGCAGCAAGUGGGGAAAAGGCAAAACUAGAGUUUUCCCCUCUUCCCUCUGUGCUUAUUGUGCAAGACAGAGCAGAUACUGGAAAAAGUGAAAAUCUGAAUAUAGCAUCUUGGCAUGCCAUAUUUAGCUGUUGUUCUUAACUGUCUUCAUUAUUAUUACAGUGACAUACUCCAAAACAUGCUUUUGUUUGUGUUCCUUCAAAGAAGGACGCUUGGUACAACAGCAACAAUUUAGUGUGCCACAACUUCCCUUCAGAGCUGCAGAGUUAUCACUGGUAAUGCUGACAUAGAAUGAAUUUAUCAGUAAUGAAAAAAAGGUUUACUGUCAGAUAGAAAAACAUUUCAAGUCUCAUCUGGAUUUGCCAGGUGAUUAAAUUUUUGUGGUGGUGUCAUGGGGUUUCUUUUUUAAAAGAUUGGUGGGAAAGAGAAUAGACUUAGAAAUAAGAGGAGGCAUUACAGAUACCAGGUAAAGGAUUCAAGUUGUCUCUGGUAAAUAAGGGAAGUUGUCCUAUAUAAGCAAGUCAAAAUAUCACGAAAAUAUGGAUAAGGGGUUUUCUUCACCAAGAGAAAUAUAGUGACAUUAAAAAAUAAUUAAAUAAAUAAAUUACACUCCCUUUAAAGAAAAAAGCAGCAAAUAAUCUAGCACUUCUUAGCAGACACAGAGAAUCUAAAGAAGGCACAUAGAGAUGUUAUGUACAUUUGUGUAUUUAUAUAGAUUUUUGUUCCUUUUUUAAUUUGGCUCAUUUUGAUGAGACCUCUGAGAAUCCUGACCACAGAAAGUCUGACAUGCUGACAAAUAGACUGAAGUGCAGAGACAAUUGAGAUGCCUGAUAAGGGUUGAGUAAAAUGAUCUAUGACAAAAGACUGAAUUAGUUAGGCUUGUCUAUCUAGUUGGAAAAAAAAAAAAAAAACUAAGGGCAAAAUGCUGAACAUUUCAGAUAUAUCUUUUUAUCCAAAUAUUAUUGAGGAUAUUAUUCCAGAUGUCAAUGAUUCUUUGUUUUGUGAGAGCACUCAGUCAUGACUUUCCACAUUGCAUAUGUUGGUUUCCAAAGAUAUUGAUGAAUACUUGGUUCUCCAAAUCCAACAAAGGACAAAAGAAAAUCAACGUAACUGACUAUGCACAAAUCUUAGGGAAUAUUCAGAAGAAUUUUCUUACUCUUCAGGUAAAGAAUUUCUAGGCUACCAAAAAAAAGCCCACCCCUUUCUCUUUCAGCAGGACUUUUGAUGAAGUUGGAUGAACAGCUAUAAGGGAUGGCUGAGUUUACUUCAGCUUGCCUCUAUGUAAGUGGUUUGACUAGGCAUCUGCUGAAGUUUUCUCCAGCCCUACAUUUCAAUAGCUAAGGGAUGAAGAAGUCAGUUAAAAGGGUUCCAUUACCUUUAAAAGCUUCUUCACUUAACAGCAUUAUGCAAAGCCAGUUCCUUCCUGGACUUCUCUCUUAUUGAUGAUGGUCUUGCUGUACUCAUCUUUAUAACAGAAAAGAUAAAGGUAAAUAGAUAAUGACAGAACUGUAUGCAGAAAAUGAAGUGGUCUUUGUUCAGAGUCUGUAGAGGCAGGACAGCCACAGGACAAAGGCAAAGCAUGAAAAGAGAUGUUUUCCCAAGUUUCUCUCUCCAUCUGUCUCUUUUAUCUUACUCUGCUCUUGCAACAAUAAUGUCCAACAUUUCUUAGCAGAGUUUCCCCUACAUCAGAGAUUCUUUCCCAUUAGUUUUUCUUAUACAGAAUAUAAGCAUGUUUUCAUGAAUUCUAGCUAAAGUGGAUAUAGUAUGGAGGAGAUAGGAUUUCCUACGAAAAUGACCUCUUCUUGUCUAAAAUCUGUACAUAACCCAUCUUCAUAAAGUAGUUGACCAAGAAUUGAAGAUACAGGAAAACGUGUCUCAAACAUUUUCAGAAUAAUAAACUUAGAUAACCAGCACGGCUCCAAAAUACAAUGCUAAUGGUAAUAUAUGCUAUCACCAUUUUCCUUUUAUCUUGCAUUGUACUUAAAAAGGUCCAAAAAUGGAUGUCAAAUUGCUGCAAUUAUUAAUACAAAUGAAAUUGUAUUUACAGAGUGAUUUAUUCCAAGAACUCUUAGGUCCUAUGCGUAGUCUCAAUCUUUUACCAAGGCACGAACAAGCUAUGCAAUUUUGAACUCCUAUGUUAGAACUGUAUGAAGAGUUAAAAGUACCCACUUGUUUUGGCUCUACCAUGAUCAAAUUCAUCUCUCUCCCUGUCAUUAGCAAAAUUAGAAUGAACUUAGAAACUUCUGUGUUCCUUAAUUUUUUUGAGAUGUUUUUCUUCUACUGCUCAUACUUUGACAUACUCAAACAAAUAAUAAUAUCCUAUAUUUACUUUUUUACCAGAGUAGGCAAAGCAUCAUUUCUAGUAUUUUCCUUUGUAAUUUGACAAUGGGCCUGCUGAUAGUGGGUAAACCCAUUGAAGUUUACAUUUGCCACUAAAUAUUUGUGGAUCACUGUUCACAACUCUAUAAAUCUUACAGCUCGCUGUUUGAGAAAAGGCCCAUAUAUCAAAAUGUCUCUUUCUACAACAGUCAAUUGAAUAUUUUGAGUGACAACUUUGUUUCAAAGUUGGUCUUUCUUCUUUGUGGUUUUGUCUGUUUCUUGUGAGUUUUUGCUUCUGGGGUGUGUGAGGUGGGGUGUGUGUAUGCACACAUGUGCGUUAUUGUGGGUUUUUUUAAUGCAGCGAGUCACCUAUUUUCCUAAAUUGAAUGUUUAUUUUCUACUGGAUGAUACUGGAUGCCAACUUGCAACCUUUAUCUAGAAUACCAGGGAUGUGAGGCUGCUUGUAAAAAUUUGACUGGAAUGAAUAAGCACAGAAAAGUUUGUAAAUACACCGCUGUAAAAGAAUAUGAAGUAAAAUGCAUUUUAAUGUGGAAGUUAAAUAUGCACAACAGCUAUUUUUUCUUGAAAGAAUAGCAUGAGGUCAACCUUUGGAAUUUUAUAGUUGCAAAGAACGUAAAGAAGAAAAUUUGCCAUAAAUCCACCAUUUAGCGUUUAUAUAGAUAAGUGAAAGGAACUCUGAAAAUGAAGUUGAAUGCACACUCUCUCCUAAAGAAAAGCUGAAUGCAGAAGUUCUCUGCUUCUGUUUUUGCAUUAAAAAUGUUAAUGCAAAAUUAUAGUAUGUACAAGUUAAACAAACAGUUACUUACACAUGUGCUUAUGUUAUAUUCUCUUGGGUGGUCCUGCUUGAUCCUGUGAAACUAUUCAUGCUAACAGAGUUAAGCAUGUGUACUCACAGGAAGGGAGUCUGAGGUCUGAUAAAUAAAUCCUAUUAUGUAAUAUCUGAUAAAGUUGUUUUUACACCAGUAUCAAGCUCAGGGAAAAGGAACGCACACUACUGGGCCAGAUCUGAGUUCACUGUCCUGUCACAACUGACUACAGCUAGAUACUUCAGAGAAAUUUAUAGGUACACCAUAAUGGGAGAUACGGGAUUAUUUUUGCUCACAGUAGCCUUGUAUCUCAUAAAAUUCUUGACUCCAAAGCCUUUCCAAGUCAGCAAAUUCCACAACCACAGUGAGUUUUUUUUUAUUUAAAAAAAAUAGCAAAUAGAAACCAGAAACUUCAUUGUGACCACCUUCUCAUCCGUAAGAAGAUGCCCUCACGCUUUUCUGCUACUAGAACGAGUGUGUAAUCAUUUCAAACCUACCUGUUGCAAUUGCCCUGACACACUUAACGUGGCACAUUAGUGUGCUUACCUUCUCAACCUAUUUUUAUUUAUUCAUUCAUCAUGCAAGCAUUUUUUCCAUAAUUCAUUCUUUCCCUUGUUCUAAAUUCACAACAUUUAUUCUUAAAUGGAGUUUUUAGUGUUUUAAAAAUAAACAUAACUAGAACUAUAGAUUUUUAAUGGGGUUGGAAUGGACAUUAAAGAUUACCUAGUCCCAAUCCACCCUGCUGUGGGCAGGGACAAUUACCACUAGAAAAUUCCCAGCUUUCCCAAAGCCUUGUUCAAUGAGUACCAGGAUUGGGGAAACCAAACCUCCCUGGGCAACUAGGGGUUAGGCACUAUUCUAGUGUGUAACCACCCUCAAAGAAAAAUUUCUUCCUGUUAUGUAACUGAAAUUUCCCCUCUUUCAGUUUGUACUCAUUAUUUAUUGUCCUGUCACUACAGUUCCUGAUGAAGAAUCCCUCUCUAGCUUCCCUCUUCCCUGUCAGAUACUGGAAGGUUCCUAUGAGGUCUCACAUAUCCUUUUCUUCUUCUCCAAUAUUCCUCCUUUCUCGUAUGGUGAUACAAUUUUUCAUUAUUUCUAGCUUGCUAGAUUCAUUUAGGCUGCAACUUCAGCUUUGUAGUGAUGGUACAGGUCCAUUUUCUUUGCAGUAUCAUUGAACUGAUAUGUGUUCUACCAAGGCAUCUUAUUUCCCUGUGUGAACAUCCAGCUUCAUUUGAAACGUGCUUAUCUGCCUCCCUAGCAUGUCAGAACUGGAAGGAAGCCGGUCAAGGUUCAGUACUGGCUGAAGUGUAACUUGCAAAUUUAACCAAAACCUUUUAAACCGGAAUUCAGUUUAAGAGCAGCGUCCAAGCAGCAGGUCAGGUUCCGAUGCUGCCUGCUCCUGGUUUUCAUUUCCACGGGCGGUGCCUCGCUCCGCCUCAGGCAGGCGGCGGCGGCUGCUGGGGGUGGCACCGCGGUCCCCUGGCUGCCUGGCGCUCGCUGAACCACGGCGCUGUACUUCUCGCCUCUUUUGCCAUCUGCGCCUCUUUCUUUCACCUUGUUUGCACUUCAAAUGUUGAUGUGAAAAAUGCACUGACCUUCAGUGGGCCUCUGGAAGAUAUGUUUGGGUACACAGUCCAACAGUAUGAAAAUGAGGAAGGGAAAUGGGUACUUAUUGGUUCACCACUAGUUGGCCAACCUGAGAAAAGAACAGGCGAUGUCUACAAAUGCCCUGUAGGAAGGGACAGCCCAUCACCCUGCAUAAAACUGAACUUACCAGCUUCUACUUCAGUUCCUAAUGUCGUGGAAGUAAAAGAAAACAUGACUCUUGGAACAACCUUAGUGACUAACCCAAAAGGAGGGUUUCUGGCAUGUGGACCACUUUAUGCUUAUAAAUGUGGACGUUUGCAUUACACAACUGGAGUUUGUUCUAAUGUCAGCUCCACUUUUGAAACCGUUGGGGCCAUUGCUCCGUCUGUGCAAGAGUGUAAAACCCAAUUGGACAUUGUCAUAGUCCUUGAUGGGUCCAACAGCAUUUAUCCAUGGGAGAGUGUCACAGCCUUUCUGAACAGCCUCCUGAGAAACAUGGAUAUAGGUCCUCAGCAAACACAGGUUGGAAUUGUUCAGUAUGGACAGACUGUAGUCCAUGAAUUUUACCUGAAUACAUACUCAACAACAGAAGAUGUGAUGGCUGCAGCCUCGAGAAUACGCCAGCGAGGUGGCACACAAACCAUGACAGCCUUGGGAAUAGACACGGCCAGGGAAGAAGCUUUUACUGAGGCUCACGGUGCACGAAGAGGAGUACAAAAAGUAAUGGUUAUUGUGACUGAUGGGGAAUCACAUGACAACUACAGAUUACAAGAAGUGAUUGAUGAUUGUGAAGAUGAAAACAUUCAGAGAUUUGCGAUUGCUAUUCUUGGCAGCUACAGCAGAGGAAAUUUAAGUACUGAGAAAUUUGUAGAGGAAAUAAAAUCAAUUGCCAGUAAGCCUACUGAAAAGCAUUUUUUCAAUGUCUCAGAUGAAUUAGCUCUUUUAACCAUUGUUGAAGCACUUGGAGAGAGAAUAUUUGCCCUGGAAGCAACAACAGACCAGCAGGCCUCCUCUUUUGAAAUGGAAAUGUCUCAAGCUGGUUUCAGUGCUCAUUAUUCUCAGGACUGGAUCAUGCUCGGAGCAGUUGGAGCAUAUGACUGGAAUGGCACAGUGCUCAUGGUGAAAGACACUGGUAUUUCAAUGCCAACUAAUGACACCUUUCGUGACAGGCGUUCAGAGAGAAAUGAACCUCUCGCAGCCUACCUAGGAUAUACUGUGAAUUCAGCACUGACACCUGGAGGUGUGCUGUACAUAGCGGGUCAGCCACGAUACAAUCACACUGGCCAAGUUAUCAUUUAUAAGAUGGAAGGAAAAGAGGUGCAAGUGAUUCAGAGAUUAAAUGGAGAACAAAUUGGAUCAUACUUUGGAGGCGUUAUUACCACAGUUGACAUCGAUAGGGACUCAUUUACAGACCUUCUUCUUGUUGGAGCUCCUAUGUAUAUGGGAACUGAGAAAGAGGAGCAAGGGAAAGUAUAUGUUUACAGUCUGAACAAGACAAAGUUUGAAUAUCAGAUGAGUCUUGAACCUGUAAAGCAAACGUGCUGCUCACCAUUAAAACAGGAUACCUGCAAAGUUCUUAAGAAUGAGCCUUGCGGCGCACGCUUCGGGACUGCGAUUGCUGCAGUGAAGGACCUCAACCUGGAUGGAUACAAUGACAUUGUGAUAGGCUCUCCCUUGGAAGAUGACCAUCGGGGAGCUGUUUAUAUUUAUCAUGGCCGUGGCAAAGCAAUCAGUAAAAAAUAUUCACAGCGUAUUGCAUCAGGUGGAGAUGGGGAAAAAGUGAAAUUUUUUGGCCAGUCUGUGCACGGAGAAAUGGAUUUAAACGAUGACGGGCUGAUUGAUGUUACCAUCGGAGGCCUUGGUGGGGCUGCCCUCUUCUGGUCUCGUGAUGUGGCUGAAGUAAAUGUUUCCAUGCAAUUUAUACCUAAAAGCAUCAAUAUUCAGCAACAAAAUUGUCAGAUAAAUACAAGAAAAACAAUAUGCAUAGACGCCACAAUUUGUUUUAAGACAAGACUAAAGUCAAAAGAAGAUAUAUUUGAAUCCAGUCUGCAGUAUUGGAUUACCCUUGAUGCACAAAGACAGAUAUCUCGAAGCUUGUUCACAGAAAGCCAUGAGAGGAAAAUGCAAAAAAAUAUAACUAUCAAAGGGUCAGAAUGUACGAAACAUAACUUCUACAUGUUGGAUAAGCCUGAUUUUCAGGACUCGGUAAAGGUUUUGCUGGAAUUCAAUUUUUCUGAUCCAGAGAGUGGACCUGUUCUUGAUAGCAACUUGCCAAAUUCAAUAGCAGAAUAUAUUCCUUUCACAAAAGAUUGUGGAGCCAAAAAUAGAUGCAUUUCAGAUCUUGUUCUGAUUGUAAAAGCAAGCAUAGCUGGAGACAGCUCUUCUCCAUUCAUUGUAAAGUCACGCAAUGAUAAGUUCACCAUCCAGCUCUCUGUGAAGAACAAAAAAGAUAGUGCCUAUAAUACCAGAGUUUUGGUUCAGUACUCUCCAAAUAUUAUUUUUGCUGGCAUUGAGGAUAUACAGAAAGAUAGCUGUGAAUCUAAUCACAACAUCACCUGUAAAGUGGGAUAUCCAUUUCUAAAACCUGCAGAAGAGAUUUCCUUCAAAAUAUCAUUCCAAUUCAAUGCAUCCUAUCUCCUGGAAAAUGCUACUAUUCACGUAUAUGCAACAAGUGACAGUGAAGAACCACCUGAGACCCUGAGUGAUAAUAGAGGACAUGUUACAAUUCCAGUAAAAUAUGAAGUAGGAUUAAUAUUUGUAAGUGUUUUCAAAGAGCACCAUGUUAUAAUUGCAGCAAAUGAUACUGUCCCUACUGCAAUUAACACAACAGAGCAGAUCGGGGAUGAAGUUACUCUACAUUAUAGGAUUGAAAAAGGUGAACACUUUCCAAUGCCAAACCUCACACUGCAGAUCUUAUUUCCCAAUGUAACAGCUGCCAAAAACACUCUUCUCUACCUUACUGCAUUGUCACAUUCCCAGAAUGCCAUCUGCCAAAGUAGUUACCCUGUAGAUCCCUUAAAGAUUGGCACAGGGAAACCAUUUGUGCUGUCAAAAAUAAAAGAACCUACAAGGGAUACAAUUAUGGACUGUGAUACAUACAGCUGUGCCUCUAUUAAUUGUGCCCUGGUCCCGUCUGACAUAUAUCAAGUGAAUGUUUCAUUGAGAGUAUGGAAACCUACCAUCAUAAAAGCCAGUAUUCACAGCUUAACCCUUGUUGUGAAAGCAUUACUUAGGAGUGAGAACUCAUCACUGAUUUUGAGAAAUGACCAUCAAAAACUGGAGACCAUGAUCAAGAUUUCCAAAGAACACCCACCGGGUACAGUGCCCUUAUGGGUUAUCCUCCUGAGUAUCUUUGCUGGACUCUUGAUUCUCGCACUGCUUAUAUUUGCUCUGUGGAAGGCUGGAUUUUUCAAAAGGCCAUUAAAGAAGAAAAUGGAAAAAUAAAAAAAAAGAAAGAAAAUUUUAAAAAAGCUGAAAUUUUUGCUCAGGUCUGCCUCCAAAAUGUUACUGUAAAAUUAUGAACUUAUAUGCAGUGGUUACAAUGCUUUCCAAAUGCUAGUGAUGCUAGUGCAAGAAAAAAAUGAAGAAGCAGAAAAACAAGAAGAAAAUCAAGCACACAUGCAAAGAAAUUAUGCAAAAAAGAAUUAACAACCUUGCAGCAUUUUGUGAUCUUCAAGAAUAUACCUUUAAGCAUUGCUCAUUUUUUGAGAGUAACUGAGUUCAAAGAUUCUAACGUUUUUGAAUACGGAAAGUUUGUAAUCAUAUUUUUAUAUACCUAUGUAUGUGGAAUCGUUUUUCAUUCCAAAUUACACAGCAGGUCAGCUUGUAUGUAGCAAUCCCAAUCUUUUUUAUCACUUUAUGAUUUUCAAAAGGAAAAUGCAUAAUUCUCAAAAUUCCAUCCUAAUGUCACUUCUGUGGAAGCAGAUUCUCAAUUCACAAGGCAGAACAUGUAAACUUUGAAAAUGCACCAAAUACUCUGUGAUAGCUGAUGCAAUGGCAACUCAGUGGACAGAAGCACCUCCAGAAUAUUGGGUGAAAGUUACUGAAAGACUGUGGAUUUCUCUUUCUGCUCAUUUUAGCAUGUCCAGCUGAAUGAAGGAUACUCCAAGAAAGAGACUUUUAUGGUCAAGGACCAUAAAGGGUUGAUCCAUUAAAUCACAUAACUGUUUGAACUUGAAAUAUAUUUUUGGCAGGCCUAAAAUGCGCAAAUCAUUCAAGCCCAUCUGAUUGCACACUGUACUCAAAUAAGCAGGGGCAUAAUUUUAUCUGCAAAUUGAAAUGUCCAUAUUUAUGCAGAAAACGUUUAGAAGCACCCUGAAAGUUUGACUCUUGCUGUAUAUCUUGGAGUAGCCAGCAGGGUGCUUCAUAAACUGUCACUGUAAAUUUCUUGUGUAGCUAUUUAAUCCAAUGAAUUUAAAGUGUACAAAAUUAAAAUUUUCAAAAGAGCACAGAUAGGAAAUUCAGCACUGGCAAGCUUCUUCUAGUAUCUUAAGUCACAACUCACCUUUAUUACUUAGGAAUGUAAGAAGUGAUGAAGAAUUUGCAUACUAAAUAAGCACUUAAAAAUGAUGUUUAUUUUGUGUCAAAGAUUAAAAGUUUAUAUGAGAAUACACUGAAAUGUAGAUAGCAAAAGGUUUCUUUAAGAAGUUUUUUCUUUCUAUUUAGAGCAUUCAGUUUCUUCCUUUCUUUCAUGCACUUGUCUUCCUCCCAUGAGGAUCUCUCCUUGAGGCUCAUGGCUGUGCCAUGACCUUGAGAGCUUCCUGUGUUUCUUGGAGCCACAUGAAAUUAACAGGAGAAAAAGGAUGCAUGCUGGCAAAAUGUAAUGCUGCCUCAGCAUGACUCAGUAUUGAUUGCAAGUAGAUCAGAAAGUGCUGAGGAGGUGUCCUAAGUUCUGUAAGACAUACUUGUUGGCAGAAAAGCUUUGCCUUGCUAAGGAAGCCAGGAAAAUUUGUUCCUCCUCUUGGGACAAGUAUCACUGAAUAAAAAAAAAAAAAAAAAGAAAAAAAAAAGUAGUUUUCCAAAAAUUUUUUGCUUAUCACUGUGUUUAUAGAAAUAGCUUUAAAAAGAGUCAUAAAUUUUAUAAACACUUAUUUUUCAAGAAGAGAAUAUAGAUUGGGUUGAACAUUCUGACAAGUAAAACUCUCAAAGUGUGCCAGGUGUUUCAUUGCUUGAAAGGUACUGGCCCUCUUCAGUACCUUUUAUUUAGUUUCUAAGUUAGAGAAAGUAGCUGUUGGGAAAGGCUGGCUCAUGUGAAUGCAACAAGUAGGAUUGAUUUUGAGAGUAUUGGCAAUUUCUCCUCGUGUCUGUGGGAAAGGUGGUUAUUUCAUAGCAGCAGUCUGCUGAAGGUAGCAGUAUGACUCAGAGGAGAGGGCAGAGCCCUCCGUGGGAACACUGUGGGUGGCUGUGCUUUACAGAGCUUGGGAGAUCUGCUGAGGCAGUGGGACAUGGUUGCUGUGCUCAUCUGGACAGCUGGAGGGGCCCCCUGCCUGAAGGGGGUCUGAGCACAGAACACAUGAAUGGAAGCAAAAAAGUGACAUAGAGGAAUUGUAGAUAGAAACCCUGCUUCAUUCAUUGUGAAAGAAACCAAAAAUCUGUUUGUUGAACUGUGAAAAUAAAUUAAUACAGCAGUGAUUUCAGUUCCAAGUAAGACAUAGGUUUUACUUUAGGAAAAUGUAUUAUUUUGCCCAUUUGUUUGAAAGAAUUAAAUAGCACUUGUCAGCAUAGCAUUUGAACAUGUUGGAAUUGUAAUUUUUUUUUCUCACAGUAUCUCUGAAAAUGCAUGGCAGUGUUGUUAAGCUCUAAUGAGUUUGUAAGGAACAGAAUUUUGAAGGAAUUGUGACUCACCUAUGCACACAUAGGAAAUCUAUGGUAGAUGAGGAAAUACUUGUAUUUAUUAUUAUUCAUUCAGUUUGUUAACAAUGAGGUCAUUUUUCCUGGCUUCAUAAAAUUACUCACAAGUUGUGUAAGACACACGUAAUUCUUAUGCAGCAUACUUUUAAGUCUUUCACUAUUUAGUUAUGAUAAGCUGUUAACCAGAGCUUUUCAUUUUUCCUGUGACAUUUCAUAUCUUACUUUAAAGCAUCAGCCUAACUGAAAAAUAUAUAAGUCAAAAGAACAGUCUAUUUUCCUAGAUUAAGACUAUGCAAAAAUAAAUCAAUAGUAUUUAUCAAUGUAGAGUAUGUUUAGGAUCAGUGUUUCAUUUUAGACUUUCUUUUCACUGUAAAAACAGUAAUAAGCUUUGUAUAACCACACUGCUUUCCUCUUUCAUGAUGCUUUCUCUCUUUUCACAUUUGUCUUAUUAUCAUGUUUUUAAUUAUAAUAUCUAUUUAAAAGAUAAGUAUACAUACAUACAUACAAGUAUGUCAAGGGGAUAGCACUAUAGCACAUUAUUCUUACACAAUUCUUAGCCAUUAGUAAACUUGUUUUUUUUUUUUCCAUACUAGCCUUUCCACACAGCACUGGAAGAGCAGUAUUUUACUGCUUUUCAUGAUAUACAAUAGAAAAACCUACUGAAAGCAAUAUUGCAAGCAUCAGGAACAUCUCACUUAAAUUUGGCAGGCAGUAAAGGUACCAGAACCUAAUUUUACAGCAUGUAACCAGUUUUAUUCCUAAAAAGAUACACAUUAGGGCUGUAAUGUGAUUCUAAUAGCUAUGAAGAUAAAUAUUUUUUAUUGAAGCAAAUUUGUGUAAAAAAUUAAUAAUAAAUUGGGUGUGUAUCCAGAGAUUAGGCAACUAAAGGAUGCUGGCCCACCCAGCUCAGUUUCUAACUUCAGCUCUGAAGUAGGUAACUUAGUGGAAAUGGACAAGCUACUUUUCUAUAGGGCAGGGAUUCUCUGCACACUCCUGCCUCAAUAUCGGGUUGUUCUAGAGAUCGGUCAUCCCAUACAUGACUUUAGAAAUCUUAGGAAACAGCAUCACCAUUAGAGCAAUCUUGAGCAGCUGCUUGUGCUCUGUGGGCAGUUCCUUUGCUUGUCUGGUUUCACUCUAAGUCAUUACUAUGAGCCAUUACUACAGACAAAACCCACAUACCCUGACCCUUUACCUGAGCCCUUUAGUACAUAUCCUGUGCUGAAUCAUUUUGAGCAUAGUGUUCCUCUCCUUCAGAGCUUGAGUCAGGGGAAUCCACCCUAAACUGAAGCCAAGGGUUUUCAUCUCACCUGGCACCAAAAGGCUGGAGUUAGAGUCAUAAUUAUUUAAUGAAUUCUGCAUAACCUAAUUGGUUAAUUUCUUUAAUUACCUGUUGUAUAGAAGAUGACCCAUUCAAAAAUAAAAGCAGAUAAGAUAAUCAGAAUGUACUGCUCUUAACAAUACCACUUAACAGGAAUAAACGGGGAUUUACAUACUUUUUAAGAAAACCACAACAUUCUGCACAGCAUUUUCUUUUUCCUGUAAAACUAUUCCAUGUGCUUUAUCGAUUAAAAAAGAAAAUAAGAGUCUAA